UGAUGAGUGCUACCGCUGCCACCGUCCAGGACACUGGGCCCGAGAUUGUCCUGAUGACCGGUCCUUCGGACCACGGAGGUCAAGUAGAAGCAGUCGAUACAGGUCACCAUCACCAAGGAGGAGAAGGGGGAGCUACCGAUCCAGAUCUAGAUCCCGAUCUCGAAGAAGUCGGAGUCGAGACAGGAGGAAGAGGAGUCGAAGUCGCAGCCGAAGCCGUGACAGACGCAGUAAACGUAGUCGCCACAGCAGCAGAAGCAGAAGUCGUAGCAGGGACAAGAAGAGGAGAGCAUCACGGAGUCGUUCUCGAAGCAGGUCUGAAAAAAAAUCGGUCAGCAAGUCUAAAAGUCGCUCUAAAUCCCGAAGUCGUUCAAAAAGUAAAUCGGUGGAACAAACAAAUGGUGAGCAAGAUGAUCGGGGUGAGUCUGAUGCCUCUAGAGCCUCAUCCCCUGCAAGAAGCGAAAAAGAAAGGAGUGGUUCUCCAAGUCCUGCUGAUGAUUGAGUAUCCCCAAGUCCAUGCCCUGCAUUGUCCCAACCCUUCCGCUGUGAGGGGAACCGACAUCCUUGAAGGAAGUAGAGAUUUUCUACAAGUCAUGACAGUCAGCAUGAGUUAUUUGUAUUUCUUUUGACAUGAUGCCAUCCAUUUCCAAACCUUUCUAUUUGUUUUACCAUACAAUGUAUUUUUGCAUCAAAGAUAACUGAGAACUAUCAUGUUUUAUUUCUUUACUUUAGAUGUACUAGAAUUUGUGGAAACAUUUAUCACCAGAAGACAGCAUUAAUUCCAAGAAAACAGGAUUUUAAUAAGGUGCUGUUUGAAUUAAUGUUGUUUUCAUGUUGUGCUGCUUGUGGAAUUCACAAAGGCCGUUUUUGACAGUGAAGGCACACAGUGGUUAGUUGUAAGCCCAGGGCAGAUAAGAUCUAGUUUGCAUGUUGAACAUGAUAGAAUGAGUAGACAAUAUUACGUUUUAUCCUAUUUAUGAUUGUGUAUAGCGUAAUAAGAGAGCCAUUGAUCUGUGGGGUUGUUUUGUUGUGAGGGUGUUCUUUUGGAGGGGUGGGGGGUGUUGGCUACUUUGAUAUCAGGUGUAAUUAGUCCUUCUAUUGAACAAACUAAUAUCAACACUUCACUGUGAACAUCUCUGAAAAAUGUGGAUUGUUGAAGAAGGAACAAACCAAUCUAUCUGUAUCCACCCAUGAUGGCAGUUUAGCGCCAACAUAGAAAAUAAUAUUCUUGUUAAAACAUUUGGCAAUGAAUAUCCCCUACGUAUCUUAAGUAAGAGGUUUCACCUUGUUGAAGAAUCUGAAAACAUCCUAGGAUUUCCAAGUUAGUGCCCCUCACACUGGUUCCAGCUUGAUAUGUUCAGAUAUCAAGUUUGUCAACCUUGUUUUGUCUGCGUCACAUCUGCUCAUCAGUUUCAACAAAGUGUUCAGCAUCUGUACCGGGUGCCUUUCUGGCUCCGUUGAGACAUACACUCAGUGAAAUACUGUUCAAGGUAGCAUUAAAUCCAUCUCCAUGGUGUCCUAUUACAUAGACUGAUGCCUGUGAUAUCAAUCACAGGAUUGUCUGGUCCAGAUUCUAUUAUGUACAGACGGCCAUCAUAUGGCAGGAAUAUUGCUGAGGACAGCGUAAACAACAAAUUAAAUCUCCGGGUCCAGGAGACAAUUCUAAGAUACAUCGUGAUUGGUAAUAACUGUCAUCACUGUCGUUUUGGGUUUUCUCAACAUGUACUUCAUUUGAGCUUCAUAGUGGCAUUUGGCACAUGAUGAACUUUGACUGGUUGUGGAGUUUUACAUGUUGCGUGUUAUGUAAAUUUGGUCACAUGAUGCAUCACA